GUAGGUGGUUGCAAAUGUCUGGGUCACUGGGUAUUCCCACUAUUUGUUGCUGCUUCUUCAUAUUUUCUACUUCUUCUCCUUCUUCCUCUUUUUUUUCGGUCAUACGCAUCAACACUUCGAAUAGCUGAAACUUAAAGCCAGUGUCCAGCUAUAAAUAGGCUCUCCACACUUGAGGCUCCCCAAAACUGAAGCGGCCACCCAACCACCAGAGUCUUUUGUUAUUAUGUCAACAGUUGAGCCUUUUGUUUAGCUGCUCGGAUGCUGUGGCAGCUCCUGCUACUGCUGUUGCUGCUGCUGUUGCUGCUGCUGUCCAGGUGACGGGCCAUAAUGGACAUGCCUGGGCCACACAAAAGGUAAUCCGAGCAUUUGGCCGCCUUUGUUCGGCCAGCUGGCCAGCGGCUAUAUAAACGCCCCACCAACGCCAUCAGAGUCGCAAACGUAGCCAAACUCUGCAGCAGCUCGGUUCCAGCCAUGCUCUGGAUGGCCUCAUUGCUAGCGGCGCUGGCGCUGCGCUGCGUCAUCAGCAGCAAUCGCUUUGUUGCCUACGACGAGCUGACUGCUCCAAUGCUCGCCCGCAGCAUGCCUAAGCGCUGCAGUCGUCUGCUCGGCGUCCAAGAGUGCGGUGGCGGCGGCAGCGGCAGAGACGGCAGCGGCAGAGACGGCAACGAGCUGCCAGUUGAGGCAAUCGAAACGGAAGCUGAUCAGAGCACUUCCAAGAUGUUGAAUGCGCUCUUUGGCCGCCCUGCCAGCGCGGAAACUGUACCGCCCACCACACGUCCAACGGAGGCGGCACUAACGCCCUACCAGCUGCCGCCGAUGUACUACAAUGAUUUCUACGAGGAUCUGCUGACCAGCAAACGCAAUGAUGCACACGCCGCCGGCUGCGAUUGCAAAGUUAUGAACGAUCUCAUUGACUUGGGCAGCACAUCAUUUCCUCGCUAUCUGAUGAGCGCCAUUUGCGAGUCCCGUCCAGCUCAGGAUGCCAAGUGCAUGCACGGCUCCAACUGCAAGCCGCUCGAGUAUAAGGUGAAGGUGUUAACACUGGGCCCAGAUCAGGCGACACCAAAGGCGGCCUCCUCAUCGGCGCGUCUGUGGAUGCCCGAGGAGGUGACACCGCUCUGGCAAUGGCAAUUCAAGACGGUGACUGUCACUGCAGGCUGCUUCUGCACCAACUAGCUAAAUGAAUGACUUUUAUGAUGAUAUAUGAAAUAUAAUAUUUAAACAAUUGCACAGGAGACCGCUUAAAGAAAACACCGUUGGUUUUUAGCUUUUUUGUACGUUUAUCUAUUUCAAAAAUCGUUACCUAAAAAGGGCUUGUGUUAAAAAUCUUCGAGAAUUUCAUAUGAUUCGAGUUCGUGGACUAAAAACUAAUAAGAACAUGUUAAAGUUUUAGUUAAUAUGUCGAGAUUGCAAAGAAUUUAGCAGCAGCA